AAAAAGGAAAAGGAAAUCAUCGUACCUAGAUUUGAAGRAAAAAAAUGGGGUGUUCAAUCUACUUCUCAAAUCAAAGCUCACCGAGAUCUACUUCCAAAAUUUGUUGAUUAUCGACAGAAUCGCUAGCGAGUAGCUGAAUUUUGGUGUGUUUCAGGUGAAGUAAAGAUUCUGGAAACUGGAAUAGAUCGUGCAGAAGAUGAUGAAUCGAAAGAGAGACAACUUUUUCAGUAGRUUCAUAUUAACAAUUAUAACAGUGAUUACAGUAUCACUUUCGUGUUCAUUUGUUCAUUUCUCUCAUGCUGCUUCGUCGGAUUCUUCUUCGGUGCACACUAACAAUUGGGCCGUCUUGGUUUGCACCUCUCGCUUCUGGUUUAAUUAUCGGCAUAUGGCAAACACUUUAUCCUUGUAUAGGACUGUGAAACGACUAGGGAUACCUGAUGAGAGGAUCAUUCUUAUGUUAGCUGAUGAUAUGGCUUGCAAUGCUCGGAACAAGUACCCUGCACAAGUUUUCAAUAAUGAAAACCAUAGGCUUAAUUUGUAUGGUGAUAAUGUUGAGGUAGACUAUCGAGGUUAUGAAGUGACAGUUGAAAACUUUUUGCGAGUUUUAACGGGGCGUCAUGAAAAUGCCGUACCGAGAUCCAAGCGUCUUUUGAGCGAUGAAGGAAGCCACAUACUGCUAUACAUGACCGGACAUGGAGGAGACGAGUUUCUGAAAUUUCAGGACGCGGAUGAACUUCAGAGCCAUGAUUUGGCUGAUGCAGUCAAACAAAUGAAAGAAAAGCGUAGGUUCAAGGAACUGCUGAUUAUGGUAGAUACUUGUCAAGCUGCUACACUCUUUUCCCAGCUCCAUUCACCUGGUGUUUUGGCUAUUGGAAGUAGCAUGAAAGGGGAAAACUCAUAUUCACAYCACUUGGAUUCUGAUGUCGGUGUUUCUGUUGUAGAUCGAUUCACAUUUUAUACAUUAGCUUUCUUUGAGAGGCUCAAUAUGUAUGACAAUGCAUCAUUAAGCAGUCUGUUUAGCUCGUACAAUCCAAAUUUGUUGCUGUCAACGGCAUAUUAUCGAACAGAUCUAUAUCAACAACAAAUGGAGAAGGUACCCGUUACAAAUUUCUUUGGUUCCGUCAUGGAAACGAUCCACACUGGUUCUGCUUACAGAGGCGUGUCRGGUAAAGACAGCAAUCGGGCCAAGUUCGAGGUGUCGUCUGAUCAAUCUUAUGAUAGGGAUGCCAAAAGUAUAACAACUAGUUCAGAUCCCGAGAAACAAGUUGAUCAUCCAGGGAUAAAGGCGGUAAAAAGUGGAACUUGUCCUCAUGCAGAUUUGUGGAACAUGAUUGUUGAGAAGGUUCAACGUAUCAAAGAUGUUGACAGCAUCGUGAAUUAUGGUUUCGUUGGAUUGUUGACCCUGGUCGCUGUUUCUACUUGGCAUUCGUCAUAAAGGUCUUGCAAAGACUGGUUAAAGAGACAAAUUGAGCUUCUCAUAGUCUUGCUCUCAAGAACAUCCGAUGCAGCCAAAUUUGAAUAUCAAAAAACCGAAUCAGCCAUCAUGGCUCUCAAUCUGGGCCAGACUCGAUACAAGUAAAUACAAAGUUGGCUGAUCUUUCUUGCAUUUACAUUUUUACAGKUGCUGACUUUGACUCGAGUGGRAUUUACUGGGUCMGUUUGGUUUAGUUAAYGACCUUGUAUGCAUUUGCAUCCCUAAUUAGACACAAUUUUAAUAGCUUAUUUAUUAAA